UGAAUUUAAACUUCAUAAAAUAAUUACCUGGCAUCAAACCUACUGAAAUAAUCAAGUAAAAUAACUCUUGGUUAAAUUGAAUUUAUCUAUGGUCCUUUUUUACUUAAAAAUUCAGUAAAAGUUUUGCGUCCACCUAACUUUCAAGCUGUAUCACAGUAACCAUCAUAUGAAUUGAAUUUAAACUCUGGAAAAUGCAUCCCAGUCAUCCAUCUCACUAAAAUAACAAAGUUAUAUAACUCUUAAUGAAAUUUAAUGACCAUUUGUUCGGCUAAGAAAAUUCCGUUAAAGUUUUACAUGCAACCAGAUAUCAAGAUGUAUCUCAGUAAGAAAGCCCUUCAAGUCAUUUGACUUACUGAAAUAACCAAGUGUUUAAUCCAAAUGUUAUUUAUUUUAAAGUACACACAUACCCACAUACCCUUUCAGAAAUCAAAUGCUCACUUGGUUAAGGUGUUUGCAUUUUGCGAUUAACAAAUUCAGGCAUCGAAUCAUAACGGAUUGACCGGGUCAAUGUCGUAUUGCCGUAUUUACUCAACUGAAAGUGGUAACAAAUUUAAUUUGUUGUUGGAUUUAACAUUUUAUGUUAAAUAAUAACUAGCGUAAAUACCUACUUGACAUUUUGGCAGUAUAAAACAGACAUUGCAACCAAAAUUUUACAAGAUGAUCAUUAUAUAUUUAUAUAGAUGUGCCCUAGAAGGAACUUUUGCUAUGCUUUAACUUGUACAGCCUGUUUAUUGAUUCGAAAGAUGACGUUAAUGCUUGCAUGCUUUGUUAAUUCACGCAAGUCGGACAAAAUCGUUAAAAAAAAUACAUUUCUGAAGUUUUGCGGUUGUAAACGUUUUUCAACAAUUUUGUAACGAGGACUUAUGCGAGAAAAAUGAACAAAUUUAUAACAGUAAUUGUUCUAGGAUUGAAUCUUGUUUUUCAUAGUCAGUUUGCAACAGCUGGGUUUACAAGGUAAGUAUGUUCGAUUUUCUAUAUUGUCUUAAAGAUAUACCAAUUAUGUCAAUUUUCAGCAGUUAUGUUUUUCUUUAUCUUUCAAAUUAUUACUGUAUUGUUUGAUGUUUACUGACACGCGUGAAGAGAACUUAAUUCAUUUGUAUUGUACAUUUGUAUAUGUAAAUUAGGGUAUUUUAGACCUAAACCUUCAAGGACUAAAUUGACAUCAAAUAAUAAUGUCUAUGUAUUCACAAGUUGCCAAAGUCGUAAAAUACAUGUAUUGCUUUGUUCCUUAUUCAAGAUUCAUACUGGUGCAGUCUUUGACAAUUUGUAAAAAGAUAUAAUAUACUGUUAUUAUUUCUGAUACAGCUGCUGUAGCGCAUUAUUUGUCAGUCAUCGAAUAAUCAAAGUUUGAACGAAUCUAUAGCCAAGAAUAGCCAAACUGUGAUUCUGUUAACCUCAUUCGAAGGUCCAGAAAGUUCUUGAAGGAAAGCAACAGAUUUCGAUAUCAUUUUCGAAGCCAGUGUUUCUCGAACCAACUGAACAACCAUCAUUUGGUGAUAAUAAUGACGAUGAUGAUGAUACUAUAAAUUGGUAUGUAGGACGUUACAAAAGAACUGUCAAACAUUUCAGAAAAAUAUGCAAACACAUACUAUAAUAUCCUAAAAGUGACAAACAUUGCGCAACACGUUUGUAAUAACAAACUGUUGAGACCGGUGUCACACAACACGUUUGUAAUGACGAAUAUACCGGUGUCACACAAGCGUUAGUUAUGACGGGUAUACCGGUGCAACACAACACGUUUGUAAUAUAGAACAUUCCGGUGUCACACAAUACGUUUGUAAUGACGAACAUACCGGUGUCAGACAUCACGUUUGUAAUGACGAACAUACAGAUGUCACACAACACGUUUGAAUUGAGGAACACAACGAUGUCACACAUCACGUAUGUAAUGACGAACAUACCGGUGUCACACAUCACGUUUGUAAUGACAAACAUACCAGGCGGUGUCACACAUCACGUUUGUAAUCACGAAUACACCGGUUUUCACAUAUCACUUUUGUAAUAAUGAACACACCGGUGUCACAUAUCACGUUUGUAAUGACGAAGAUACUGGUGUCACACAUCAGGUUUCUAAUGACGAACACACCGGUGUAACACAUCACGUUUGUAAUGACGAGUAUACCGGUGUCACACAACACGUUUGUAAUGACGAACAUACCGAUGUCACACAACACGUUCGUAAUGAGGAACAUACCAGGCGGUGUCACACAUCACGUUGUAAUGACGAAAAACCCAGUGUCACACAUCACGUUUACCGUUGUGACACAUUACGUUUGUAAUGAGGAACACACCGGUGUCACACAAACGUUAGUAAUGACGGGUAUACAGCUGUCACACAGCACGUUUGUAAUGACGAACAUAGCGGUGUCACACAUCACGUUUGUAAUGACGAGUAUACCGGUGUCACACAACAUGUUUGUAAUGACAGACAUACCGUUGGUAGUUUUUCUUUGUUUUUGUCUUGCCCGCUUUUUUAACUACAGACAUUUUUUUUAUAUCUUGGUGAUAUUAUUCAACCUAUGUGUAAAUCUGACAUCGUUUUCAAGCUAUUUUUUCUGUACUUUCAGUUUUCAAGAACUGGAAACAACUUUGUUACAGUCUACAUUGAAUGAAUAUGCCAGCAGACCUCACUCUUCCGACCCCGACGGUGCUGUGAAUGUAGGUGUUCGGGUGGUAUUUACCGACGUACAGCCAAUACGAGAGAGUAUCGACGUCAUUGUUCAUAUUCAAUCAGUAUGGGAAGACGCACGUCUGCAAUACAACGUUACGUCAGGAACACCGGCAAGAAUAAACGAAACGUUGAUAUACGCUCUUCAUGAGAAAAUCUGGAAGCCAGACCUUUAUCUUGAACCCGAAUGGACAGUAAAUAACGAUGUUGGGAAAAUGAAUAUAAGAAUUAUAGCUAAUGGACACGUCGGUAAGAAUAAAAGGUUCAGAGCCACGAUUCCUUGCACGACCAGCUUUGUUGGUAUUGAACAUACAGAUUUCAUUUGCAAAACAAGAGUUAUGUCCUAUUCCUACUUUGAUAAUGAGGUGAAGUUGUACUGGGUUGCUGAUGAGCCACUGCGAUUGAAGUAUGGAGCAAUAGACGCGGCAUCAGAAAUAACUGGAGGAGAAAAUGAUACUUGCCACUGGGAUACAUUUGAUGGAAUGAGAACGUCAUGCAUUGGAGUAAAGCUGUUUAUCUCCAAGCGAUUUCCGUCCAUCUUCUAUCGUUUAUACUUACCAAGUUUCAUGGCAGUACUCAUGGCAUGGUCCAGCUUCUGGAUCCACCGUGAUGAAGCUUCGGCAAGAAUCAAACUUGGAACCCUUGUUGUGUGGACCGUAAUGACAGAGUACAUUUCUCUCGAAGUUGCUUUUCCGAAUUACCUGGAUAACAUUGCUGGAAAUGUAUGGAUGUUAGGAUGCAUGUUUUUCACGUGGGCUUCGUUUAUACUCUACGUCAUUAUUCACGUGGUACGCAGACGAGAAAAGGCUUAAGCGAGACACGAUAAAGAAAGGGAAAAGGAAAUAGAGAAAGAAGAAAAAAGAACAGGGGAGAGAGCUCUUUCAAUAUCCUCCCUCCAUCCGGAUGCGCGGCUUGCAAGUGGAGGGUUGAAAGGAUAUUCUGUAUGGGAUAACAGAAAUAAGUUCAAAGUAACGAAGAUAUACAUUUCUUCGUUCACAUUAGAACGCUGGUGUAGAAUCUGGUUUGGAAUUCUCUUCUUCGGAUUUACUAUUUUCUUUUUCGCAUUCUUUGGACAGGAUUUGUUUGUGUGACAACUGAAAAGAUACUUCACCUUGCGCGUACGGUCAGCUGAUGAACUGGUUAACUCGUAUUAAAGUUCAAUAUUAAAAACAUAUAAUUCUGCUGUCCAAACAAAGACUGCACAUAGUUGAAUAGCUAGAAAAACGAUACAUUCAAUAUUAUACAUAAAACUAUUAUGUAAGGGUCAUAAGGUUACAUUCUACCAAUUCAUUUCCUUAUUUAUUUCAUAUUAAUAACCAAACAUUCAGCCCUCAUUUUCAGCACUUUAGAGCUUUUCAAUGAUAUGAAAACCGUAAAUGGUCAUUUAGUAUAACAUGUCUUCUUAUCAAAAAUAGAAAAAUAUUGACAUGUUAUGUUGUAUAUAAGAAAAAUAAUAUGUUCUGAGAAACAUCACCCUCUAAAAAUGCCCCCAUGAAAACAGCCGUUUAGCAAAUACGCGUAGGUAGACAUUUUUCGCAAAGAAUAAAACUUAUUCCAGGAGAUUCACAUGAAAAUGGUCUAGAUCUUUUCUCAAUACAAUAAGCAAUAAAAAUAAGCCACAAAUUUAACUGUCACCUCCUCAUGUCACUCAUUAUACCAGAUUUCAUCCAUAGCAUGGAACUACAUUUUGGACAACUUCACAUGUAACACUGAAUAGUCACUUCCGGUUUAGUGUAAUCUGCCCAUAAAGGGAGAUAAUCAAAACAUUGCAUUUUAUAGUACUUUGUAUUAUGUUAAUCAUAAAGUCAAACCUAUAAAAAAUAAAUGAGAAAACAAUCAUCAAGCAUUGACUGUAAUAAGAGAAUAAUAUAUUUUAUGUUCAAAACAAAACAAAAAACUCCUGACAGCCACAUUUUAAUUAAAGGCAUUAUGACCCUUUAUUGUUAAACGUGUUCAUAUCUUAUCUGCUCAACUGACAUGAUAUUUUGAAAGAUAUAGUAUAUAUUGCCUUCAAACAUGAUGGUCUCCGGCUUACUUAUACGUCAAACUAAAACUCAUGUGACUAUGUACGUUGUUUAAACUACCGGUAUGGAGUCAAGUGAAAACACUGAGGUCACAGCCGCACGUUUUCAUAUGUCAACAAAAUUGGUUCUUCCAGGAAGCGGACCCGAGAUUUAUUAAUAUAAGCUUCCUUAACGAGCUUAAAGUAAUAAACACUCAACCAUUUACACUUUUGUUCAAAUAACUUUUCGCUCUAAACCACUCGAGCAGUUUUGGCCAAACUUCACAGGAAUUUUCUUGAUUGGUUUUCGAUCAAACUUGUUCAGAGAAAUCUGAUCUAUGGAGAAAUUUUGUUGUAAUGACAUUGUCAUGAAUCGAAACUUCAUACAUCAGUUACCUGGCAUUAAAACUACUGAAAUAAUCGGGUAAAACAACUCUUGGUGGAAUUUAAUUCAAACUAUGGCCCUUUUUUACUUAGAAAUUCAGUAAAAGUUUUGCGUGCAAUUAACUUUCAAGCUGUAUAUCAGUAACCACCAUAGAAAUUGAAUUGAAACUCCGGAUAAUGCAUCCAAGGCUUCUGGUUUACUAAAAUAACCAAGUUAUAUAACUCUUGCUGAAAUGUAAUAACCUUUCCCUGGCCAAGAAAAUUCUGACAACUUUUUUUGUGUUUUUUUUUCCAUGCAAUUAGAUAUCAAGCUUAAUCUCAGUAAAAGCUCAUUUCAAGCCAUUAGACCUACAGAAAUAACAAAGUUGAAUAACUUGUUUGAAGUUUAUACAAAUAAUGGCUCGUUUCAACUUACAAAAUAUGGUUAACAAAGCUGCAUCCAAGUAUCAGCUACAUGUGUUGGAUAGAAAUUUCAGAUGUUUCAAAGGCACCAAACCUAUUGCAAUAAUCAAGUCAGAAAAGUAGUUGUUGAAUUUUAUUCCAGUUGUGACCUGUUUCCAACUUAAAAGUUUGGAUGAAGUUUGCGUGAAAUUGUCAAGUUGUGUGUCAGCAACAAAUACUGUGAAAUAGUAAAUAUAUUGCAAUGAAUCUUCACACAAAACAUCCUUCUCAUCCAGCGACCAUUCAUAACUAAGUUAGAGAAUAUUGAAAGCAGUUCAAAUUAUGGCUCUUAUUUUGACUUAAGUAUUUGAUUGACGAAUUUGAAUUGCAAUAACAAAAUUUCAAUUUGUAAUAAAGUGUCAAAAAAUUAUAAAUAAUUCAGUUAUUUUCUGGUUCUUUGGGCUUAAGCUGG